CAGAACGGUGAUAGGCGACUAUCUGACCUUCUGCGCUUCGUCAUCUUUGCCGGCUGGAGGGAUCCAGUGUACAACCAUAUAGCUUGGAAACCAUAGAAAAUGGCACCCGUUGACGUGAAAUACACGCAGAUCUUCAUCAACAAUGAGUUCGUCAACUCCGUGAGCGGAAAGACCUUUGCGACUCUCAAUCCGGCCACGGGCAAGAAGACGUGCGAUGUUCAGGAAGGAGACAAGGCGGAUGCUGACAAGGCGGUCCGCGCUGCCCAGGAUGCCUUCAAGCUGGGUUCACCAUGGCGACGCAUGGACGCAACUGGUCGGGCACGUCUGCUCAACAAACUGGCGGACCUCAUCGAGAGGGACCAGGAGUAUCUCACGAACCUUGAGGUCAUGGACAAUGGUAUGCCAGUCAAGACCGCCACAGUCUCUGUCAUGGCCAGCGUCAGUUACUUGCGGUACGGUGCCGGCUACGCAGACAAACUUCACGGAAAGGUCGUUCCCCUAGACGGGGAUUACUUCUGCUAUUCGCGCUACGAGCCGAUCGGCGUGGUGGCAGCCAUUAUUCCCUGGAAUUUCCCUUGUGGGCUGACCGGGAUGAAGCUGUCCUGCGCUCUGACCGUGGGCAACACGCUGGUCAUCAAGCCGGCAGAGCAGAGUCCGCUCACCGCUCUCUACAUUGCUUCGCUGGUCAAAGAGGCUGGUUUCCCUCCCGGUGUUAUCAACGUGGUACCUGGUUACGGACCCACAGCUGGAGCAGCCCUGACAGGCAGUAUGGAUGUUGACAUGGUAACAUUCACCGGCUCAACUGAGGUUGGGCGCAUCAUUCAGCGAGCUGGAGCCAACAGUAACCUGAAGAAAAUCCAUCUGGAGCUGGGUGGGAAGAGUCCAAACGUUGUCUUCGCAGACUGUGACCUUGACUACGCAGUUGAGACGAGCCAUUGGGGCGUCUUCCUUCAUUCCGGUCAGGUCUGCUGUGCCGGCACCAGGAUCUUCGUACAGGAAGACAUCUACGAUGAAUUUGUCCGGAAGAGCAAGGAGAGAGCGGAGAGACGUGUGGUCGGUGACCCGUACGAUGUCAAGACGGAAGGCGGACCCCAGAUCGACCAAGAUCAAUUGGACAAGGUCUUGGAGCUGAUCGAGAGCGGCAAGAAGGAAGGAGCCAAGCUUCAGUGCGGAGGUCAACGCAAGGGAGACUGUGGCUACUUCGUGGAGAGCACCGUCUUCUCUGACGUCACAGAUGACAUGCGCAUUGCCAAGGAAGAGAUUUUUGGGCCGGUCCAGCAGAUUCUGAAAUUCAAAACCAUCGAGGAAGUGGUCGAGCGUGCUAACGCUACGACAUACGGCCUGGCUGGUGCCGUGUUCACACGGGACAUUGACAAGGCGUUGACUGUCGCCAACACCAUAAGAGCCGGCCUUAUCUGGAUUAACAACUACGGUCUCAUAUCUCCCAUGAUUCCAUUCGGUGGAUACAAAAUGUCUGGUGUUGGUAGGGAUGGAGGUGAAGAUGGUUUCAAGGACUACUGUGAAGUCAAGACUGUUGUCAUCAAAGUUCCCCAGAAGAACUCUUAGUAUGUUUGGACCGCAUCAGGGAGAGAAGAAAGCUUAAUGAUCAGCGUUCAUCAACGUUCCAUGACCUUGUCUCACAAAUUCAAUGAGUUGGAUUCAGUUCAGCCAAUGAAAAAGACUCACGACCAACAUGAAGCGGACGGAAGGGUCAACUGAGCAACGUUCCCAGUCCAAUUUUUAUAACCAGUUAAAACUAAAAUAAUACUGUAUAGGCCCAUUGCAAGUGGUUUUGUUGUGUUUCUUAACUUAAGAGCUCCAAUCAUAAUGUUAUUUUGAUGCUUAGUUAACAAACAUCAGAUUUUCAUAUCGUGGUUAUAAUACUAAAGAAAUCAAUAUAUUUCGUGAGUGUAUAGGCAAUUUUUAAUUAAUACAAAGAUCACUGUCAAUAACAAACACUGGGAAUAGUCCCCUAGGUCUUCCUUUGGGCGGGAACAUUUCCGAACAUCUUCUGAAAGAUUUUUAAAAACGUUGUGACAAAAAACCGUCAGUCGCAUUAUCCAAUCGAGAAAAAAAUGCGUUAUGGUCAUAUAUAUUAUAAUUUAAAAAAAAAAGAUGACAGAGAACUGCCACCAACUUUACAAUAGUUUGGACUUUAACUUUUUUGCACUUUCUACGUCUAAAUUAACGUGAGAUAAGCACAGCUCUGGUCAGGCGGGAUGUUUUUGUUUUCUCCAAACCCAAGCCAUUGUUGUAGGCAUUUUGAAGUGAACACUUGGGCUGCAACGUUCGCGAUCCUUUUGCGCAUGGGGAAUCGUUUCCCAACGUUAGUAAACGUUUACAUUGCGUUAAGUGCAUGGAACGCAAGCCAUUGUAUUGAUGCAAACAAUAAUUUAUUGUGUUUUUUUAUUAAAUAA